AUGACUCCCCUCAUGUUGGCUGGCUUGAGAUUAAAGAUCCCAACCAACAGUCAAACCUCAAUCAUGAAGUCUGUGCUGCCCACCCAAGAAAUAUACAUCUCACUCUUCAUCACUGCAAUCAACUUGAUGAUGACCUUUCCAGAAAACUUCUUGUUCAAAAAUCUGGGCAGGAAGUCCUUACUCCUCCUCUUGGCCGGCUUGAUGGCCUUCACCUCACUAGUCCUUGUGUUGAAGCGGGUCAGGCUUCUGGAACACAACAUAAUCUCAUGGGGAGACUCAGAUGCUGUGGCCUCCUCAUGGGAAUGGCUAAGUGACUGUUGA